CCUGGGGGGGUCAUUGCAGGCCCCAGCAGAGGCACUCUGGGCAGCUGGGAGAAGGUCCAUCUGGGCAAGCCUCCCCUGCGGCCCCACAGCCAGCCUGCCCACUUCUCUUUCAGAUUUCUCCAAGUGCCUCCCUGUUCCUGUUUGCUUCCCCAUCUCUCCAGGUUUCCGUCUUCCCAGUUCCCUUCCCUGGCUGGUAGCAGUGGGGGCUGUGCCUGGGGGGCCCCACGGAGAUGCUCAGUGCUCGGGAUCGCAGGGACCGGCCCCCCGAAGAGGGGGCAGCUGCAGUGCUCCAGGGCUUCACCAUGGACAAGACCUUCCUCUCCUCCCUCAAAGGCAUCUUGCUGGAAACGGAGCUGGCCCUGAGCUUCAUCAUCUUCAUCUGCUUCACGGCCUCCAUCUCUGCCUACAUGGCUGCAGCGCUGCUCGAGUUCUUCAUCACGCUCGCCUUCCUCUUCCUCUACGCUACCCAGUACUACCAGCGCUUCGAUCGUCUGAAUUGGCCCUGUCUGGACUUCCUCCGCUGUGUCAGUGCCAUCAUCAUCUUCCUGGUGGUCUCCUUUGCGGCUGUGACCUCUCGGGAUGGAGCUGCCAUUGCUGCUUUUGUUUUUGGCAUCAUCCUGGUUUCUGUCUUUGCCUAUGAUGCCUUCAAGAUCUACCGGACUGAGAUGGCGCCCAGGACCACCCAGGAUGACCAGCAAUAAUCCUGAGCUACCUGGCUCCCAGGCCCCGCCAAAGGGAACAGUGCACAUUUCCUUUGGUCUCACUAGCCCUCAGCCCACUACCUCCCAGCCAGACCUACAGAGAUGGAAUCUGGCCUGAGAAGUCACCACAGAUUUGUCUGUGGGGCUCACUGCUCUGAUGAAGCUCCAAGAGGAAGAAGGUGUUUGGGGGAGGGAGGGCAGGAAGAAGCUGGUCAUUCCUAAAUUAAAAGAUUCAAAUCCUA